CGUGCACUGAUCAGGAAGUAGCGCCAAAGAUGUUUAACUAUACUCUUUCUUCAAAUCACAUCGCUGUAGUUGGGGUCAAUUUAAUAACGAUUGAGGGAUUUUCUCUUGGACCUUCGAGUAACAGGGAGUUACACCCCGCUAAUUUUAAUAAAUAGCAUUAAACACGUCUAAGUGCAACGAUUUGGUGAUCCGCUGUACUGUCACUGUACAUUCACAAGUUGCUGCAGCAACUAUACAAGGUUUGUCUUGUAUAUUAAAAGGCAGAAAUUAAGGUUUUUAAUCUAAAGAUAAAAAUGUACGUACCGUGUGUAAUUAUUUGAGAAGGGCUACAUUAUACAUGAUUCGGCUACGGCCACUACGACAUGGACAUCUUUUCCGUAGAACAUCUCUAAGGAGUCAAUGUCAAAUGAUCCGGGAUCAGCUGCUUCAACUAGAUCCACUUCUAAAAUCCACUCAAGCCGAGAAGACCGUUUUAUUGGAGUUCACAGGACACUCUAAUGAAGAUAAGAGUCACAGACACGGCAGAGUUACGAUUUUAGUCUCCGGGCAGGCAUCAUGAAUUCCAUCACUGGAAGAGCGGCGUGGUAUUUGUGCAGACGCACGGCGGCCAAGGGGGUUGUGUCGGGCGGAGGAUUCCCCUUUCAGACGACGAGGGUCUGCCAUGGCGGGGCGAGCAGCAAAGGCAGCGUUAGCACCAAGAAGCGCGGCUAUGACAUCACUAGGAACCCCCACCUCAACAAGGGUAUGGCUUUCACCCUGGAAGAGCGCUUGCAGCUGGGCAUACAUGGCCUGUUGCCACCUUGCUUCUUGUCCCAGGAUGUUCAAGUGCUACGUGUCAUGAAGAGCUAUGAAACGCGUGUCAAUCCUUUGGACAAGUACAUCCUGCUGAUGACGCUACAAGACAGGAACGAAAAGCUCUUCUAUCGUGUGCUCACGUCGGACAUCGAGGAGUUCAUGCCCAUUGUCUACACACCCACCGUGGGCUUGGCAUGCCAGCAGUAUGGUCUGGCCUUCAGGAGGCCGCGAGGACUCUUCAUCACCAUUCAUGAUAAAGGCCACAUUGCAACCCUGCUCAAUUCCUGGCCUGAAGAAAACAUAAAGGCCAUUGUGGUGACAGACGGCGAGCGUAUCCUCGGGCUAGGGGAUCUGGGCAGCUAUGGCAUGGGCAUUCCCGUGGGGAAAUUGGCUCUGUACACAGCCUGUGGCGGAGUUGGGCCGCAGCAGUGCCUCCCCGUGUUGCUGGACGUGGGAACUGACAACCAAGACCUCCUCAAUGAUCCCCUCUACAUCGGCCUGAAGCACAACCGAAUCCGAGGGAAGGAGUACGACGCGCUCAUUGACGAAUUUAUGCAGGCUGUGACAGACAAGUACGGGAUGAGCUGCCUGAUUCAAUUUGAGGACUUUGCCAACAGUAAUGCAUUCCGCAUCCUCAACAAAUACAGGAAUCGCUAUUGUACCUUCAACGACGACAUCCAAGGCACGGCCUCUGUAGCAGUGGCUGGGCUACUGGCAGCUUUAAAAAUCACCAAAGACAAACUGUCGAAUCACACCUUUGUUUUCCAGGGGGCCGGAGAGGCCGCUCUGGGUAUCGCUCACCUGUUAAUGAUGGCUAUGGCCAAGGAGGGCUUGUCUCGAAAAGAGGCCGCCAAAAGGAUCUGGAUGGUGGACUCUAAAGGUCUCAUUGUGAAGGGGCGAAGUCAUUUGAACCACGAGAAGGAGGAGUUUGCGCACGAACACCCCCACCUGAAGACCUUGGAGGAGGCCGUGCAGACCAUCAAGCCCACGGCCAUUAUCGGAGUCGCCGCCAUUGGCGGCGCAUUCACAGAGAAGAUAAUCAAGGACAUGGCAUCCCACAACGACAGGCCCAUCAUCUUUGCUCUGAGCAACCCCACCAGCAAGGCCGAGUGCACGGCGGAGCAAUGUUACAACAUCACAGAGGGUCGCGGGAUCUUUGCCAGCGGGAGUCCGUUUAACAAGGUGACGCUGGCCGACGGACGCUCGUUCUACCCCGGCCAGGGAAACAACGCCUACGUGUUCCCUGGGGUGGCACUAGGCGUCAUCGCCUGCGGAGUUCGCCACAUAUCCGACGACAUCUUCCUCACCACUGCAGAGGCCAUUGCUGACAUGGUGACCGAGGAGCACUUGGCUGAAGGGCGACUCUACCCUCCUCUAAAAUACAUCAGAGAGGUGUCCUUCAAGAUUGCUGUCAAGAUUGUCAACUAUGCGUACAAGCACAACAUAGCGUCAGUGUACCCGGAGCCAAAGGAUAAAGAAGCAUUUGUCCUCUCUCACAUCUACAGCCCAGACUACGACUCAUUCACACUGGACACGUAUGCUUGGCCACAGGAAGCUAUGAACGUGCAGGGCGUGUGACCAGCGCAGCCUGAAAUAGUACAUACAGUACUACUAAUAUUUGUAUGUUUAUUUUUAUUAUAACUCCAUUUCUUUCCUUAUAACUUUGGUCAAAGUUUCGUUGCAUAGCAUAUGAAGCUCAACACAGCACUCCCAUUUCUUGACUGAAUGUCUCCAUGGAAACAAUGACACACAAUCUCGAUUACUGCUUUCAUAAAACAUGUCUUUCUGCCUUGUCCAGUAACAUCCCUAACCAAUGUCCUCGAAUAGCACUCCCUUCCAAACAUUUGUCAUUUAUGUCAAAAUGCAGUGUUGUGACAUUUUAAAGUGUGUUGAUAAUGUUCAGUGCUUGAAGUUUUUAAAAUGAAAAAUAAUGAACUUUUUCAAA